CCUCCAUUCCUUCCUUUCUCCCCUGCCUCUCCCCUGUCAGGGCUCUGAUAUCGCUCAGCAGAUUCAGUCGAGUUUCUUUUAUUAUUUCUACUCCUAAUUUAUAAGCCCAAAUAGAUCCCGUUCCCCUCCUCCGCCGGAGUAACUUCAUAUUAUAUACAUAGAGCCGGAGACCGAGACCGGGAGCGAGAGAGGAAUGGACCUCCCUCUAGCUCUCGGCAUCGCCUCCGCCGCUUUUAUCCUCUACGCCGCUAUAUUGUCCAUCGCCUACCUUAAAUUCCUCCGCUGGCGCACCCUACCCUGCUCCGCCGAUGAGGAGAGCGGCCCGGCCGAGUCCGGCGUCGCCGACGUAGCCGAUCCCGCGGCCGCCGAGAUCACUAAGGAGGCGGUCCGACGGUACGGGUGGCCGGAGGUGGAGUCGCUCACCGGUAACUUCACCGCGGAGGUGAUUGGGGAGGGAGGCUUCAGCACCGUCUACCUCGCCUGCCUCCCUGGCGCCGCCUCCUCCCUGGCCGCCGUCAAGGUCCUCCGCAGCGGCGAGCGUCUCCACCGCGCCUUCCUCCAGGAGCUCGACGUCCUCCGCCGCCUCAGCCACCCCCGCAUCGUCCGCCUUCUCGGCUUCUGCGACGACCGAGAGGAAGGGGUUCUGGUGUUGGAGUACGUGCCAAGUGGAAGCCUCCACGAGAAGCUCCACGGCGGCGGCGCCCUUGCGUGGGCGCGGAGGAUGCGGAUCGCGUACGAGGUCGCCGGCGCCGUGGAGUACCUCCACGAGGGGUCCGGCGAGCUCCCGAUCGUCCACGGCGACAUCACGGCGUCGAACGUCCUCCUCGACAGCCGGCUCGACCCAAAGCUUUGCGACUUCGGGUCGGCCCGGGCUGGGUUCUCGUCGGCGGUCCGCUCGGCCGGGCCGAUGGUCGGGUCCCCGGGCUACGCUGACCCGCACUACCUCCGGACCGGGAUGGUCUCGAAGUCCACGGACGUUUAUAGCUUCGGAGUUCUCCUGCUGGUGCUCAUCACGGGGCUGCCGGCCGUCGGAUCGGAGGAGGGAAGGGUUUUGACGGUGGAGAUGGGGCCGCGGCUGAGGGAGGCGGAGGGAAAGGCGUGGGAGGUGGUGGACCCCAGGCUAUGCGGGGAGUACGACGCCGCGGAGGCGGCGGCGAUGGCGGCGGUCGCCGCUCGCUGCAUCGGAGUUCAGCCGAGCCUCCGGCCGUCGAUGGCGGGCAUUCGGCAGAUCAUGAGGGAGAAGGUGUCCUCCUCGUUAUCAGCCGUCGAUGGGGGAUCAGACGGUAAAGAAGAAUGAUCUUUAGUCUCCAUCGACAACUAAAACGGAAUGAGGGCCGGCAGGAGAGAAGGAAAGAAAAAGAGCAAACUAAAGCUGUUACAGGUGGAAAUGGGAGAAAUGAUUAGUCUAAGUUUGUCGGUGUUUCUAGAAGGGGUAGUGAUGUAAAUAGUAACGUUCUUAGCCGACGGCAGUUUCAUGGUGUUAAUGACAUAUGCAUGACUCGCAUGUUUGGUGCUGCAUGGGACCAUGACAUCACAUGAACGUUGCUCAAGUCUUUCCAAUUGAACCAAUUACAUGCAUAAUUGCAUAUUUCUAACCUUCAAUUUUUUCUUAAAAAA